UUUCCAUUUUACUUUGAAGGUCUUCACAGGCAGCUGUCUCUCCUUGCUCUGAUGCCAGAUUGUGAGCUUGAGUCCAAAGCAGUAACCAGGGGGACUCAAGCUCCUGUAGAUUACAUCCAGCCAGGGGAAAUGGAUCAGUACGAAACAACUUCUGAGAAAGAUAAAAUAAACCGUCUUUCGGUUGUGUCUGAAGAUGAGGAAGACCAUGAAUCUGCAUUGACUAUUGUUACAGUUCUUGACAAAGUUGCCAACAUGGUGGAAACUGUCCAGGCUAGUCAGAAAAGAAUCGAGGAACGUCACAGAGAAAUGGAGAACACAAUCAAGACUAUACAGAUUGACCUUCUAAAGCUUGCUCAAGCUCAUGAUAACACCAGCUACACAGUAACCAAGCUGCUGGAAAAGACUCGUAAAGUAAGCUCUAAUGUGAAAGAUGUAAGGUCUCGAGUCGAUAAACAAAGCGAUCAGGUUGACAAAGUGGAAUCAAAACAAGAAGAGAUGCUGAGGAAGAAUAAGUUCCGAGUUGUUAUUUUUCAGGAGGACAUUGAAUGUCCAACAAGGCUAACUGUUGCCAAAGAUACAGCAUUGGAUGGUCACCUUAGAGAAAAAUUAUACCCAGAUGACCUUUCUUCUGAUGAGGAAUACAGCGUGCAAGAAAGCAGGACUACACGACUAAAGAAAUCAGGGAUGCAGCGUAUUGACAACAUUAAGAAGGCAUUUUCAAAAGAAAGCAUGCAAAAAACAAGGCAAAAUUUUGGGAAAAAAGUAAGUAAGAUCCGCACAAGGAUUGUAACUCCUGAAAGAAGAGAGAGAAUGAGGCAGUCAGGGGAGAGACUGAAGCAGUCUGGAGAGAGGUUCAAGCAAUCAAUCGCUAAAGCAGCUCCCAAGAAAGACACAUUCAAGAUCAAAAAGAAGGAGAAACAGAGGACCACAGCAGAAGGUCAGGAAGGCACUAAAGACGAGGAUGUUGAUUCUGCUUCUGAAAAUAUCACUGUUGAACCCAUCUCAGAAGUUACCUAUACUGAGGUUGUGACUGUGAAGAAGAAGAAGAAAAAGAAUGGGGAAAAGGCUGAUCUGCUUCCCCAAGAUGAAGAAAGACCCAAUUCAAGCUUAGAUACACCUCUCCUGAAAUUGGAGUCAAAGUUAGAUACCGAUGAAACGCCCCUUGUGGACAUCAAACUGUCAUCAUAAGGAAAACAUGCUACUAUCACUGCCCUGACGUCUUGGGCUCAAGCAGUGACCUUUGGUUUGUGGGUAAUAUUGGUAAUUACCCUCAAUUUCCAUCAUCAUUUUGUAGUCACAAUAACUACUAGCUUAAGUAAAUACUAAAAUAGAAACCGAGAGAAGAAUUUGAAAAGAAAUAGAAUGUGUUCACCCAUUAUAAUCCUCGCAAUUUAGAAAAGGAAGGAGACGUCUUUCUUCCUAAUGUGUAACAAGGGACCCAACACUGAACUUUAUUACUAGACACAAUACGAAGGAGAAUAUAAAAUUAUAAUAAUGUACAGUAUAUGUUUAUUCAGAUUAACUCAAAUCAAAUGUCUCAUCAAUAUUAAAAAAAAAAUAUAUAUAUAUGAAAGCUAAUGGAUGUGUCAAAUCAAUAAUAGAUUUAAAGGCACUUGAAAUACUAUUCUUUGUAUUGAAUUCUCUAUUGGUUGUGUUAGCAUGUUGAGGGCGGUCUUAAUGAAGAAUGGCUAAAAGUAAAUCAGUAAGUGGCAUAGGUGGUAAAAUAUUUACAAUAAAUUAAGUAUAGAUCACUGUGUGUAGAUUAUGCAAUAGUGGUCUGAAAUCAGGAAUACAGUGAUGCAUGAAAACACAAAAAUAUGUUAUGAGCUAAACAUUGAAUUAUGGUGAUUUGGAAACUGGAUAGCUACAAGACUUGUGCAAAAAUUAAUUUAAAGCGGUUUAUUUGAAUUUUAAUCCAUACCUGAACAAACAGACCCUUCCGGAAUCGACCUGUGGUGUCAUAUUCAAUGAACAAGACUUGACGGGUAAUUAUCAGAUGUAUCGAUUCUUUCACGUGUGGAAUAAAAGGAAUUUGAUUCUGAUAACCCGCUCCAAACAAAUUUGUGCACAAGUCUAUUUGCUGCUUUAAGGAAAAAGUAGCCUAUUUGGAAACAACUUUCCAAUUUGAACCUGGCUUUUGUAAUUCCAGUUUCAUUUAAUUUCAAUUAAUUAUUUAGCAAAUUUAGACUAUAUGUUGGUAUGUGUGAUGUUAUAAUUAAAUAUAUAAUUAGAGUUGCAAGCUUGAAGUUUAGACAGCAUUACCCCAAAUUUUUGGUAAAAAUAUAUGUGUAAAACAAUCAAUAAUUUUGUUAAGGGUGUGAUCUUCAGUGUUUUCUUUGUGGAUGGAGUGAAAUAUCUAUAUUUUCUUUCUGGAAAGUUUUAAAUAUUAGAAAUUACGUCUGAUGGCUAAAUGCUUAAAUUAUUACAUCACACGAGUUCUGUAUUAUACGUUGGCAGAAUACUAGCACCGAAUAUAUAGAUUUUACCACAGUUCUUUUCUAGUGAGAUAAAUGUUUUUUAUGUCUGUGAUUCUGUGGAAUAAUCUUAUAACUUGUUUAGUACAUAGGUCUGACUAGCUAUGGAAACAAGUAGGGUUAUUCACCAAAGUGAGAGCUAGUUAGAAUUCAAAGUGAAUUCAAAGAUAAUUUCAAAUUUAAGGAUAAAAUAGUCGAACUGGACUUUUUCCUAUUUGACUAUUUUGGCUUUAUAUUUGAAGUUCACUUUGAAUUUACUGAGAGUAACCCUGGAAGUAUUAUCUCUUUUAAUCUAGCCUAGUCAUUUAGUUAGCUGUUCCUUUCGAUUUUGAUAUUUUAAUUGAUCUUAAUUCUGAAGUCUAUUAUAUAUGUUUAAAGUUGGCAAGCAUAAUUAUUAAGAAAAACUUUGUAUACUAAAUAUGUUUUUGAGCGCCUGUUUUUCUUGUCGUUUAUAUUUACUUACUUACUGGGAUAAUAUUUGCUUCCCCUUGUCCUGUUGAUACUGUUUAACUUGGUCUGUUUGCUAUUUGACAUUGGGAGCAUUAGCCCAACUACUCGCCAAUGCUGUUCAGUCACAUUAACGUUUGUCAGAUUAGUUCCUAUCUGAAGUCAUGUGACAGAGAUAAUUGGCACAGAUAGGUUAAAAUAUUUAUCACCACAGAUUUUUUUUUAUAUUUAUGUGGAGAUUAUUGAUGCUGAAGGAUUAAAUGGCGCAUUUUAAAAAUAUUGAUGUGGUUAUUUUUGAUGCUGGAGGAUAAAAUGGCAGAAAGCAAUAAGUAAGGAUAGAUGUUUAGCAGUGUUUAGAUAGUGUUUAGCAAAUAAAGCUUUAUUUUUCUUUUAUAAGAGCAGAAUUUUCUAACUUUAUAAUAAAGAUAGACAUCAGACAAAAAUGGUGCUACAUAUUAGCUAAGAAAUAUAUAGUGUGUCAUGUUGAGGAAAACUUACAAGUCUAUCAAAAAACAAAACUUUGAUAGACUUGUAAGAACAUAAUGCAGAAAUAUAGUUCACCUAUUCUAUGAGACACAUUCCUUCUAAGGAAGAAAUCCAAAUGGACCAUCCAUGUGAAUGGCUGCAAGAACAGUAUUGUAAGGCGCCUUCGGCAGUCUUGUGGAAUAACUUAAUAUGGCACUCGAAACAUGUUUGUGCCUGUACCUUAUGCAAAAAGAUACAUCCUUGUUUGUUUUGUAUACUGUAUUAGCAUUAUACGGUAUGUUUGUUAAUAAGGGUGAGAUUAUGUUACUUGAGGUAAUAAUAGUAUUGUUCAUUAGCUAAACGUCACUACUGUGAAAUAAAAACAAUAUUUAAUUACCAGCGAUAUAUGUAUCUUAGGUGAAGAUAUUCAGCCCUUGGAGUUUUGGGAUCAUGUACAAUAUAGUAUGUUUUGUUGUUUUUUGAUUACAAUAAACGUCAAUGUUUAGCCAUG